AUGUUGUACGAGCGUCAGUGGUCGAUAAAACACGUGGAUUCGUUGAAUAGAAAUCCGAUAUGGGAUUAUUUUAGGAGAGACGUUGAAAAGGGAGUCGCUCAAUGUCUCAUAUGCAGAGAAUGGAAAAUAUUCAAAAAUCAUAAAUACACGACGAAUUUGAUAUCUCAUUUGAGUUCGAAGCAAAGGUUGCACUGUUACGCAUACGUAGAAUUCAACAGGAAGAGAAUGUUGUAUUCGAAACGGAAAUCGGAACCAUUUUGA